AUGCUCCCUUCACACAUUUGGGCUUCCAAUAGGGCUGCGCGCCUCAACACUGAGGGUGUGAGCGCGACGGAGCCCCUGGCUGGCAUCCCCGCCCAAGCAAGCACGACCAGCCACCAACCGGUGGCUGCGAGAGACAGCGUUGCCGCAGCUGCAGUAGCAGAAGUAGCAGAAACAGCAGAAACAGUAGAAACGGCAGAAUCAGCGGAAACAGUAGAAACAGCAGAAGUCGUAGAAGCAGCGGCAUCAGAAGCAGCGGUUGAAACAAUGACUCAAGAAAUGGGGGAUCACGUGCCAGAGUUACGUGCGGCAACACCGUACUUUCCGUCAAGUGAAGUCAGUAGCCCGGAACAAGAAGAAAACGAGGAUAACAACGACAACAACUGCGACAGCGACAACAACGGGGGGCUCAACGUAGACGGGGAACAGGCAGUAUUGGAAACUCUAGAGAUAUUAGGAGCGGACGCUUUACCUCUCGUUUGUGAAGGGGAGGAUUGGGUGCUGCAUAUUAGCUCACCACAGAGCACAAGCUGUGAUGAAGCGACGUCUGCACAGUUUUCAGGUACAGAGGCAGAGUUGUGUUUCGAGACAGACCUAACAGACUUAGGAGUUGAAUUCGAAUUGCAAUACACAGAUGAAUCCGACGGCGAAGAGUACACCGACGGUGAAGAGUACACUGACAGCGAAUGCAGCGAUGGUGUUAAGAGUGAGGAUGAGGGGGCGGAAGGAGACGCGGAGGAAGAAGAGGUGAAAGAGGAAAAGCCUGGAGAUGCGAAAGAAGAACCAAAAGAGGAGAGUAAACAGAUCCAAGCAGAUGAGCAACAAAUAAAAAGCGAAGAUAAGGAAAAUAAAGAGACAAAUCAAGAACAAGAGAUGCAAGAGCAGGAACUGAUUACAACGGUAGGAGAUAUGUGGCACAGCAUUUGCCCUGUUCAUGGCUUAGACAGCAUUGAGGCUCUCAGACUGAAGGACGAGCUUGAGGGUGGCGAUGCGGAUGAAUGGACAGACGUAGGUGGGAUCGCACGAUCCCCAUCAGAGUCCAGUGGGGUCUGCACCUGUCUAGAGCUCUUACCGCCUCAAGACCAGCAGCAGCAGAAGGAGGGGGCGGAGCAGCUAUCAACAACAGCAGAAUGUGACGGAGAUGCGGUGCAUGACGACACAGACGAACCUCCGCGAGAGAAAACGGAAAAACCACUUUCAGAAAUGGAUGAUGAUGAUGAAUACCUCGCCUCACUGCCACGACACAGGAUAUCCAAGGAGUUUCCUGAAAUAGACCCUAGAGAAUUUAGAGAAAACACCGUUAGCUUUGCGUGCGUUACUGAGGUUCCUGAUGAUUCUGCCUCGUCUGACCAAACCGACUCAGGCACAAACCGCCCCAUACGGUUCGAGCACCACACCUCGACCUUUGAAAAGCAGCAGUUUCGACGGUUGGUGCGAGCGAACCCUCAAUUCCGAGCAACUGCAAUCAGGAAACUGAAGAAUACAAGAAGAACAACACCAGAAAACUAA